AUGCGAUUCUCUUGUACCAUCUUGGUUGCAGCCAUCCCAACCUUUGCCCUCGUCUUACCUUCAGGUCCUUCACCCACGCCAACUCUGCCGGGGUUUGUGAACGAACGACAAGACGCAUUAGUUUCUUCCACACUAUCGGCAUCACCAACCGGCGACUUCAUCACAACAAAACACAUCACAAUUCCCGGUGUGACAAAUGGGUAUGUCAACAUCCCCGCCAAAACCAUCGAAAUUGCCAUCCCAACGUGCAUCCAAACCAUUGAGCCAGACGCCAACGGCUACGUCCCACCCGGCGAAUGCGGUGCCAUUUGGAACUACUAUCCCAGCUUUGUGGCGGCCUUGGUGUUUGCGGUGCUUUUUGGGCUUUUGACUGCCGUUCAUAUCUGGCAGGCUGCCAAGCACAAGAAGGUCCGGGUUAACGCCUUUGCAUACAUGACUCUCGGUCGAAUGAUCUAUUUCUUCCAUCCAUCGCGUUCUCUUCUUCAUAUUCCGGCCUCGACCUUCGCUGCUAUAUUUAUUGGCCUCGACAUCGUCUCCUUUGCCGUGCAACUGGCGGGUGGCUCGUUGGCUGGGCCGACGGCCCCGCCUGCAGAACAGAUGAAGGCGAUUCACAUAUACAUGGGCGGCAUUGGCCUCCAGGAGUUCUUCAUCCUCCUCUUUGUUGGUUUGACUAUGAAAUUUCAACUCGAGCUUCAGAGGAUGGAGAAACUUGUUGGGACGUCACCCCAACCCUGGAAGCCGCUCAUGUGGGCGUUAUACUUCUCCCUCAGCAUGAUCACCGUCAGAAUUGUCUACCGUCUGAUCGAGUUUUCAUCUGGACACGGCAUUGACAACGCCCUUAUUACCCACGAAGCGUAUUUUUACGUUCUGGAAGCUCUACCAAUGUUCCUUGCUAUCGCGGUGUUCAAUUCAAUGCAUCCCGCAGCAGUCAUGAAUGGCCCGGGAUCGGACAUGCCAGGGCUCUUCUCGACGAUAAGGAGUGGAUUUGCGAGGAGAAACGGGAGAAUUCCUUUAAAAGAAGAUGUCGAUGAGCAAGAGCUUACCAGAAGGAGGCCUUCAAGUCCUUGA